AAUGAUAAAGUGACGCGUGUCAUCGGCCAUAAAAAAAUUACAAAAUUAGCUUAUAUUUUUUUUAUUUUGAUAUCAAUCAUUAUGUAUAUUUUGGAAUAAGCUUUACAUGACUGCUGCUAAAAAUGAUUGAAGCAGGCAACGCGGAAAAUGCUACUGUGGAAACACAGCCGGCUUGUCCGGACGGUGCAGAAGAAGACAAUGACAUAGCACGUCCCGAAGCAACAUUCCGUUUCACAGUGCAGAACAUCAGCCAAUUAAAAGAGCAAGUCUUAUCGCCGCCUUGCUACGUAAGAUGCCUUCCGUGGAAGAUCCUGGUACUACUGCGUCACACUUCAACUCCAGAGCGGCAGCAGCAAAAGGCUCUGGGGGUAUUCCUACAGUGUAAUGGAGAUUGCAAUACACCCGGUUGGUCGUGCUAUGGUUUGGGAGAACUGAAACUUCUCUCUUACAAGUCAGAUGGCGUGCAUUUAUGUAGAAAGCUCCAUCACAUGUAUCAUUGCAAAGAAGAUGAUUGGGGAUUCGCUCACUUUGUUUCUUGGGAUGACUUAUUUGAUCCAGAGAAUGGUUUUGUCAAAGAUGAUUCAAUUACAAUCGAGGCUCACGUUAUGGCGGAAGCCCCACACGGCAUCUCUUGGGAUUCUAAAAAACAUACAGGAUUUGUUGGAUUGAAAAAUCAAGGAGCGACUUGUUAUAUGAACUCACUCUUACAAACUCUAUUCUUUACAAAUGUACUACGUAAGGCUGUAUACAAGAUACCAACAGUGGGAGAUGACAGUAGCCGGUCCGUGGCGUUUGCCCUACAACGCGUAUUCUAUGACCUACAAUUCUCCGAUAAACCUGUAGCCACUAAAAGAUUAACGAAAAGCUUUGGAUGGGAGACUCUAGAUUCAUUUAUGCAGCACGAUGUACAAGAAUUUCUUCGGGUACUAUUAGAUAAGCUGGAAAACAAAAUGAAAGGAACGGUCGUAGAGGGAACAGUACCGAAAUUAUUCGAAGGAAAAAUGACAUCGUUUAUCAAGUGUAAGAAUGUUAAUUGCACCAGCACCCGCGUGGAGACCUUCUACGAUAUACAACUUAGCGUUAAGGAAAAAAAUAAUAUAUAUGAAUCAUUCAAGGACUAUAUCAGCACAGAGCUACUUGAAGGCGAGAAUAAGUACGAUGCGGGGGAACACGGACUGCAGGAAGCUGAGAAAGGAGUGAGGUUCGAUGUGUUCCCCCCGAUACUGCACUUACAUCUUAUGAGAUUCCAAUAUGACCCCCAAAGCGAUGCAUCAAUAAAAUUUAAUGACAAAUUCGAAUUCUACGAAGAAAUAAAUUUGGAUCCAUAUUUACGAGAUAUACCUGCCACACCAGCACAUUACACAUUGCACGCAGUGUUGGUACACUCGGGGGAUAACCACGGAGGACAUUAUGUGGUCUUCAUAAAUCCCAAAGGAGAUGGCAAGUGGUGUAAGUUCGAUGAUGACGUAGUCUCGAGGUGCAGCAAACAAGAAGCUAUAGAAUACAACUAUGGUGGCAAAGAGGAUGCACCACACCUUGCCAGGCGCGCGACCAGCGCAUACAUGCUGAUCUACAUUCAGACAUCACAACUGAAAUACGUCCUGCAAGAGGUGACAGAAGGCGACAUACCAAGCGACCUCUGCGAGCGCAUCAACGAAGAGAUGCGAUACGAGAUGGUAAGAACAUGCGGCAGAAAAAUAAAGUGCAGGAAAUAUAAAUCUGAUACGUCAGUCAGCUCUGCAAAGUACUACGCGAAGAUUUUUACAGUACUAAAACAAUUCUUCACUUUGCAGGCCUUGGCCGGUUCUAAAUAUAAAGGAAGAUAGUCAAAUACGAAGCUUAGUUUUUAUCUUUAUACAUUUACAUAAAAAUUUUUAUUUAAAGUUUUAUGCCGAUGGCGUUGAUAUUUAAAUUCGUCAGGUAGGUAAUUAAGCUUUAUAUUUACUUUGUUGUAUAUUUUGUUGUAAUUUAUGUACCGCUGUCAAUAAAAUUUGUUGCGAAUAAAUUAUUAGAUUUUACUCAAUUUGAAUUCGUGGAUUUAUUACUUAACGUUCUUUUUUUGUGAUAUUAUAUUUUGCUGUGAAAA